AUGUCUACUGAAACUGUUGAAAGCUCUAUCCCUCAGGGAUCAGAAUACCACUAUUAUAGGAGCAAAGAUAGGAAGCCGCUUGGCUCGCUCCCCGCUGAAGAUGUCGAGAGCAUUACAGCGGUCAUCAAGAAAAUUCUCAAGUCCGUUGAGGCCCAAAAGACCCUUCCGAUCUUAAUUGACGGAGAGGGAAGUCUCGACGAGAGAAGUUGGGAAACUUCUCUUGCUCCACCUCCAGAAAUCUCGAGUUCUACUCUCAUGAAGUACUCAAAGGAGGUGGAUAAGUAUGAUUGGAAGGAAUUGCCAGUUAAUUCGAAGAUCCUCGAAGAGUAUACGUCCGCACCAGCAGAUUCAUCUUACAAAAAGCACCGCCUAUUAGAAAUCAUCCUCACUGCUGUCCACCACUUGGCUAUAGACCUUUACUCUAUCCACCACCCACCACCAAAGUCUAAUACCACUGACCUCCUCCCGCCGCCACCAUAUCCUGUAAUUGCACAUACCCAAUACUAUGCCUCUAAACCAUGGAAAGGCAUUUACGAUCUCAAAGCCAUCGGAUUCUGGGCCGAAACCCAGCUUUUUGGUGGAGUAGCUUACUUCGACCGUAGUCACGUCCCAGUCUCGGCCGAGGAUGCUGGCAGUUACGAUGGUGUUUGGUUACACGGUCUGCCUAAUGCCUAUACUGAUAGCUUGUGGAAGGUGCCUGAUGAGGUUGUCGCUGCUGCUCUCGACGAAGCGUCUCUGCCGUUUGAUAUCGAGAAUGCACAGCACCCACCACUCCUAACGCUGCAGGAAGGUCAAGAAAAGCAUUCUAUCUUCCGUGAGCCGCAUCUGGCGAAUCACGGAACAUACACAGGGGAUGAGAGUGAAGAUGUUGGAAUGACAGCUGAAGAGUACGAGGAAUGGACCAAGUCGAGGACAACAGCAUAA